AUGGAGCCAGAUCGUGUUGAUACCGAUAGGAUGGAGGACGAUGGGGAAGAGACUGCUGUUCAUCAACGCAUCCAUACCACCUUCUCUGGUCGUGCGAGCCUCCAAGAUCCCGAGCGCACCAUCAGUCUCGCAUUUCGUCCUGCAUAUCACGCGGAUGGUGUGAAUCAAGUGAACAACUGGUUGAAUUCGAUCAGCAGCCCCAGCAACAGUCCAUACUUAACAUCUCCGGUUCUUCCUGUUCCACAAUGCCCCGCUACACCCUCCAUGUUCCAACCAGAUUCUUCAACUCCCGCACCCGGUUGCGAACGCAUCACCAAGGAGGCGUUUGAGCUUAUCUUGGAGCAGAAUACAAGAUUGAGGCAGGAGCUGGAAACGGCAAACAAGGCUCGCGCGAAGGCGGAAAAGACAUGCUCCGAUCUGGCGGCUUGGACUUUGUGGGAGCGAGAAAGGUUGAUGCGCGAGUUGGAGGAGGCCAGAGCGAUACAUCGUGCUUUCAUCCAGGAUGAGGUCGACAAGCUUAUCGCCGAAGAGACAGGCCGUCUGACUAUGGAUCAGUAA